UUAAGGAAAUAUGAAAGGGUUGUUUUCUCCUAAUUUCCUGCACCUCUUCCAAGGUCUCAAGGUUAUGAUGUACUGGCUGUUCAUUGUAGCUUAUGUGCCCCGCAAACCUUAUUCUGUGUGGUAAUUUUUUGAAUAAAACUUUACAGUGGAUUUAAAUCACAUUGUUUCACUAACGUAAGAACCGCUAAAAAAGACUGCGAGUGUGAUUAUCUCAACACAAACGCACCACCACAACAACUCUGAUGUCUGUGUGUGUGUGUCAAUAGAAAAGUGAUGUGGCUGGGGACGAUGUGGAGAUUCCAGUGGAGAACCAAGCCUUUAUGGAUGACUUCUUCGCCCAGAUUGAGGAGAUUCGCAGCAGCAUUGAUAAGAUAGAUGAGAGUGUGGCGCAAGCAAAGAAGCUGUACUCUACCAUCCUCUCCGCCCCUACAUCAGAGCAGAAAACGCAAGAUGAUUUGGAGGCAGUCACCAACGACAUCAAGAAAGCAGCCGGCACCGCUCGCAACAAACUAAAGAGUAUCGAGAAGCAACUUGAGACAAACACAGAUGAACGGUCGUCAGCAGACAUGAGGAUUCGGAAGUCUCAGCAUGCCAUCCUGGCCAAGAAGUUUGUGGAGGUGAUGACCAAGUACAACGAGGCUCAGACGGACUUUAGAGACAAGAGCAAAGGCCGCAUCGCCCGGCAGCUGGAGAUCACGGGAAAAACAACAACCGACGAGGAGCUGGAGGAGAUGUUGGAAGGAGGGAACGCAGCCGUCUUCACCGCAGGGAUCAUGGAGUCAGGCAUAUCAAAGCAGGCGUUGAAUGAGAUUGAGGCGCGGCACAAAGACAUUGUGAGGCUGGAGAGCAGCAUCAAAGAGCUUCAUGACAUGUUCGUGGACAUUGCUAUGCUGGUGGAGAACCAGGGCGGUAUGAUUGACAAGAUUGAGAGCAACAUGGACCAAUCGGUGGGCUUCGUAGAGCGGGCAGUUGCCGACACCAAGAAAGCAGCCAAAUUUCAGCAGGAGGCCCGUAGGAAGCAGAUGAUGAUCAUGUGUUGCUGUGUCAUUCUCUGUGUCAUCGGAGGGUCCUUCCUCUACAGCUUUAUCAAAUAGGAAAUACCAUCCGGGUGAAGUUGAAGAGGAGUGUUCCAGAUUACCCCCAGUUGAACCUGGGUGGAUGGAUCAACAGUGGACACUGUCUGUCAAGAGAUACAUAC